AGAAGAGGCACAGGUUUCCGGCCUAAAGAACGACAACACAACUCCGGUCUGAAAGACAAACAGGAGAGGCCGUGUCUCGUAAAUUAUUUAACGGGUUAGUUUUUCCACAUACAGGCAUAAUCUACCAUGCUCCAGUAACUAAUCACUCAUUAAAUCCCAAGAGUUGGCAGUGGUACUGGCAUGGCUGUUUACUGAACUGCUUCUUCCUCACCAAGCAUUGGUGUGCAACUUCCCAGUGAACGAGACUGAACUACUAUCAUCAUGGAAACAGAAACAGAAGUAAUUCCCAUUUGGCAGAAUAAGCCUCAUGGAUCCACCCGUAGCGUUGUGAGAAGAAUAGGUUCCACUCUUCCACUUAGACCUCCACAAAGGGCAUGUUUCCAGGAACUACCAGGCCUGCCCCCUCUUAGGCCUAUGGAUGGCCCUAUGGUUCCUACUUUGGCAGACAUAGCCUGGAUUGUUGCAGAUGAAGAAGAGACAUAUGCCAGAGUGCGGAGUGACUCUCGUCCUCUGAAACACGAAUGGCGGCCCACGCCCCUCCUGGUUCUCCACAGGAACUCAUCUGUGCCUAACUUCCGCCGUGAGGGCAAAAGGAUGGAGGGACUUAGGAAGCCUGGGGUGACGGCGCUGAACCGUACUACCGCCCUGCAGGACGAGCUCAGCAGACUCCGUGCGCAGAUCGCCAAGAUUGUGGCAAGUGAUUCUGGCUCCAACCCCCUGACCCCAGACCUGCUCUCCCCUGACGACACCAGUAUGAGCUUCUCCAUGGCGCCUUUCGAGACCGCGCCCUACCAGCCGGCUGCCACGGCUGCCGCUUCCUUUGUCAUCAGCGAUGUCACUGAGGAGGAGGAGGAGGAGGAAGAAGAUGAAGAUGAGAAAGAUGUUGUCUCUGUGGUGUCGGAGCUUGUCCCCGACCCUCUGCCGCCUGUUUCCAUGACGGCAUCAGCAACCUUUGACCUGGACAGACCCAGCAUGGACUUCCGGGAGGCAGAGGAGGAUACAGUGUCGCUGUCAAAGUCCACCAGCUUUGCUGAUGUUAUGGACAUCCUGAAGGACAUGAACCGCAUGAAGAUGAGCAAAGACAGGUACAACAGAGGCUGUACGUCCCUCAGAGAGGAGGACUCAGCCAGUCUGAUUUCAGAAGCUCUGAGGAAAAAGUUCGUCCUGAAGGAUGAAGAUACUGCCGCUAUGAAACGGAAGUAGCCUGAACCAUAUGUUUAUCAAUACCUGAUUCGCUGCUCCAUGUAAGUUGGGACAAGAUAGUAGAUUGUAGUUGUUUUUUUUACAUAUAUAUUUUGUAAAAUUAACCCUUGAAGGCAUGUGGUAGGUUAUUGUUGGUAAUGUAUUCAGUGGCAGAAUGUUUUAGCUCACUUGUAGGUUCUUAGAUGUUGUUGUUUUCUCUCCCUUAUUAUUUUUAGGCUUUUGCCUGUGGAAUAUGUACCCUUGGAUCCACAACCUUGCUCCUCAGACCCAAGGCAAUAGCUGUCUGCCAGAGUUAGAACAAAAAAACACUUUGUCCCAGACAUUGAAAACCAAAUGCGAACUUCACAGCGCUGGUGCGGUGUGAGGGGGAACAGUCAACUCUCCAUAACAAUAAUCAGUUUCAGCACUGCAUCGCGUGUUGCAUCCUGUCUGUUUCUGUCUGUAAAAGGCUUUUUAUUUUUGGAAUAAUUUUUAAAUGAGGACUCAGCAGACUGGUUCCACUGCGGUCCAGAAAGUUGCCGUGUCUGGGCGUUUUUGAUUUUAUUUUUGUGUCUGUGUGUCUGUCUGUCUGUGUCUGUGUCUGUGUCUGUGUCUGUGUGUGUGUGUGUGUGUGUGUGUGUGUGUGUGUUAUAGCACAUUGUGGAGAGGCUGACAUCCAAACAAUUAGAACAGAUUCAUGGGACUACAAGUGAGGAAUGUCCCUUUAAAAAAAAAAAAUCUUUAGUCCCUAUUUUCCACAGAAGUGAUGCAAAUAAACAUGUUAUUGUUUGUUUUUUCAGUUAUGUAAAGAAGUCUUCUAACAUACUUGAAAACCUUUUAUGUACAUAAGAAACCGAUCUUGUGUACAUGCUGAGAUGUACUGUAGCUUAAUACAGUGUGUAUGGAGGGAAAAUAACUUCGGAUCUUUGCUGUUUAAUAUUUGCAUCCCAGUACUGAGUUUGCACAUGUGCACAGCAUCAUGUUGCUUGCUCUCCACUGCACCUCUUAUGCCUAUCCUCUUGUUUGUAAUGAACAUAUUGAUAGUCACUGAACCACAAGACACUAGGUUUGAAACCCAAACUAUAAUAUGCUGUUGAUAGAGUUUAAUGUUUGAGGUGUAUAAGUCCAAGGAAUACUUAAUGAGGUAUGUGAGUGAAAUUGCAUCUUUGUUUUCAGCUGUUUGUAUUUCCAGUUAAAGCAACAGAUACAAGCAUGCACAAGUCUUUUAGAUACCCCUUUCCCAGUUUGCAGAAUGUGCUAACUGGUAGAUGAAACCACCUUUUAUGAUGUUCUUUAAUGACGCAACAUCAAAGAGGGGAUUUCAGUUUGGGUAGAGAGACAACUGAGCUUCGUGUAAGAGUGCUUUUACAUCAUUCUGUAUGCGGAGUUUUGACAAAACCAUGUGUGAAAUUCUUGUGUGAGUCUUGAUGAUAAUGAAUAUUCUUGUUGACGCCUUACCACAGAUCUAUUGCCUGUUCCAGUGCCGGAUUUUAUUCCUGCAUUAGUUCAAGUGCCAUGGGUUUGUUUUUAUCAGCACACCCCUCAUUGCCUGCCCUUUGGUGGUAGUGGUAUUGCUGAAUGGUUUAAAAAUAACCCCACACAAGAAAAGAUUUUGCUGUUAUGUCACUUUUACCUCCACCCACGUCACUCCAACUCGGAUUUUCAUCUCUCACGUUUAUGCCUUCAUUGCUGUGAAUCCUUUGGUGUAGUUUUGCAGUGUGAAAAGGUAGCACCAAGUCUGUCUGUUUGGAUUGAACAUGAAUGUGCCCGUGUGUAUCGGUGAAUGCGGUGGAGUUAAAAUAUGUUUUGUCUUAAUAGAAUUGGCCCUCAACUUGUCUUUGGUAAUCUUCUCUAUAGGUAAUUUCCUUAUUGGUCAAAGUUAAGUACAAACUAACUAGCUGAGAAAUCUACUAUAUGCAAGUUUAAAUAUAUUAAUUGUAUGUCUGUACUUGAGAUGUUGAACCUUCACAUCAUACUCUACCAACUGCAUCACUACUCCUGAUAAUAAGUUGAGAGGAUCAUUUUUUUUUCACAGGCUUUGUUUGUAGUUUAAGAGUUUCUCACCAUUUUACCUCUGUAUAGGGUUGAGCCCAUCACUAUCUGUAUGUUUGAUUGUUUUGUUUUUUUUGUGAAGUUAGUACGUGUAAAUAAAGAUUGGCUGAUGUUUUGAAACGG